GGGUUUGUGCCUGACGCAAUUCGUUUCCUCCGACUUGGUAUCCCCACUUCCGCUGGAGAAUCCACACCACCCUAGCGUUUCGAAGUAUUAAAGCUUCCUUUUGGACAUUUGGCUAAGGCUGUGUAUUUUUUUACGUGUAUGGAUCCAAAGGACAUAGUAAGGCAAGGUUAUGAUGCCUUAUCUCUCUCGUACCGAGGAGAUAGAUCAGAAAACGAUGGGCAUAACCAGAAGUUGUGGACAUCGCAGGUUCUCGAUAUCUUGCCAUCAGCGCCCGCGAAGGUGUUGGAUAUUGGUUGCGGAUGCGGUGUCCCUGCUUCGCGGGAACUAGCGUCUGCAGGGUACUCAGUCACGGGUGUUGAUAUCAGCAAAGUUCAGGUCGAUCGCGCACGAAAUCUUGUUCCAGAAGGAACAUUCAUCCAAGCGGACAUAGCCUCAGAAAGCAUCCUUGAGGUCAUACCUAUAACAGAGAAGUUCUCCGCGGUGAUCGCCUUCUAUGUGCUUAUCCAUAUCCCGGUCGGUGAACAAAGUGCUCUGAUUCACCGGAUGAGCGAUUGGGUGGAGGAAGGGGGAUACUGUGCUAUGGUUGUGGGAAUCACACCGUGGACUGGCGAAGCCGUUGGUUGGCUAGGGAAAGACGUGAAAAUGUGGUGGUCGCAAGCGAGCAUUGAGGAGUAUCGGAAGUGGGUUAAAGAUGCGGGUUUUGAGAUUCUGCGGGAAGAGCACGCGAAGGAUCCCGUAUCAGAUGGUUCUGAAAGUGAAGGACAUCAGUUUCUAUUACUGCGAAAGGUGUCUAAAUUGCAGCAGAAGGAUACAUCAGACCCGAACACGAACACAUAUAAUGGUGCUUCAUACCUAAUGCAAUGAAAUUAGGGCACACGACAUACACAGGAAUUGAACACUUCGUUUCUGUUUGAUUUUCUAGAAAGACGAAAACAUGGACAACUUGACUGACAUAGCUAGUUGAAAUUGAUGGUAUACAUACCGGUGCCAUAUGACCAACAGAUCACCGUGAUGAUGAUACCUAGCACUGCACACAU